ACAAUAAUACAUAUGUCAUUUUCUAAAUGAGCUUGAAAAUUAAUGUACUCAAAAGCACACAAUAGCUAUAAUUGACUUUGCUUUUUAUAAUUAUCAUAUCAUAUCAUAUCAUCACAAGAGAAAGUUGAUUUGAUAAGCAACCAAUCUGGUAGAAGUAGCUUAUUGAGUGUGCAAAUAUAAGCUAAGCUAAAUGGUUUCAAUAAAAGAGAAAUUGAAGAAAUUUGUGGGACACAGAUGGGUGGUGUUUGUGUGUUCAAUGUGGGAUAUGUCAUUUGCAGGUACAGCAUACAUGUUUGGAAGCAUAUCACCUGUCAUAAAAAGCAGCAUGGGUUACAAUCAGAAACAAGUUGCUUUCUUAAGUGUGGCUAAGGAUUUAGGUGACAACGUUGGACUUCUUGCUGGUUUUAUCAGCAAGGUUUGGCCUGUUUGGGGAGUUAUACUUGUUGGUGUUGUUCAGAAUGUUGUUGGUUAUGGUCUUGUUUGGCUUGUUGUUACUCACAGGAUUCCUUCUUUGCCUUUAUGGAUGCUAUGUUUUUUCAUCCUUGUGGGACAAAAUGGAUCAACAUACUACAACACAGCAGCAUUGGUUUCAAGUGUGCAAAGUUUCCCAGAAAACCGAGGCCCAGUGGUAGGAAUAUUGAAGGGAUUUGUUGGCUUAAGCGGCGCAAUAUGGACUCAAAUUCUAGCCAUGAUCAAUCUCCCCGAUCAAGCUUCUUUGAUUUUCAUCAUAGCCGUUGGACCCGCAAUGGUUUCUUUAACCUUCAUGUUCAUCAUAAGACCAGUUCAUAGUUUGAAUAAGUCUAAACCCUCUGAUGAAUCUGGAUUCAUGUUUAUCUAUAGCAUUUGUCUUCUCUUAGCUGCUUAUCUUAUGGGAGUUUUGUUGCUAGAGAACAUGUUUGAUUUGGAUCAAAAUGUUAUCACUUUAUUUGCUGUCAUUUUGAUUGUUUUUAUAUUGCUUCCAAUUAUAGUUCCUAUUCUACUGGUUUUCUUUUCUGACCCGAAAAGUAUCGAUGAGGAACAACUUCUUCAACCUUCAAUGGUUAUGCAGAAUGAAACUGAUAAUGCCAUUUCUAGACAUGUUUUUGAAGACGAGAGCAAGUCUUCAAAUCUAGAAGUUCCUCCAAAGGAUAUGGUUCAGUUUCAUGCUAGAGUUUUCCAAGCAAUAACUUCAGCUGUGAAGAAAAUCAAGCAAAAAAAUGGGCCUCAUAGAGGAGAGGAUUUCACCUUAACACAAGCACUUGUAAAGGCUGAUUUUUGUCUCAUGUUCUUGUCUAUCAUCUUGGGCUGUGGAUCAGGUUUGACAAUGAUAAACAACAUGGGUCAGAUUUGUCAAUCUUUGGGAGACAACAAUGUUAAUGUUUAUGUUUCGGUUAUCAGCAUAUCCAAUUUCCUCGGUCGUGUUGGUGGCGGCUACUUCUCCGAGGUUAUAGUAAGAAAUUUUGGAUACCCUCGACUUGUGGCAUUGGCGAUUAUUCAGGCAGGGAUGUCUUUGGGACUUUCCUACUAUACCAUAGGCUUGGUUGGACAAGUUUAUGUGAUAGCAAUAACUAUGGGUUUUGGAUAUGGUGCUCAUUGGUCAAUUGCAUUAGCAGCAACUUCAGAAGUAUUUGGGUUAAAGAACUUUGGUACACUCUACAAUUUUCUUACAAUUGCUAGCCCAGUUGGAUCUCUGCUGGUAUCUGGAUUAGCGAGCACGAUAUACGAUUAUUACGCAGAGCAGCAAGCAAAGCAUAGAAAUGAUAAUGAUUUGCUUCUUUGUGAGGGAAACAUUUGCUAUUCCUUAACAUGUGGAAUUUUAGCAGUAGUUUGCUUGCUAGCAGCUGGUUUGAGCUUGGUCGUUGUUCAAAGGACUAAGAGGUUUUAUUCCCAACUUUAUGGAAAGUCUCUAGCUUGAUCAUAAUUCAAUUUGCUUCUAUUUGGGAGUGGAAAAAGCUUCACCAACAAGGUUUGGAUAUUAUGUAAAAAUUUCAUGUCAGGUUAAUUAAGUGGAACAUAAUGAAAUUCCCAAUUGUUUUUUUUGUUAAGUAGUCUAGUGGCCAGAAUAUCACUCCCUUAAGGUGAAUAGUGAGAAAUUCCAGGUUUGAACCUCAGCCCCUGUUUAUUGCAAUGUCCCUACCUAUUGAGUUAUAGUCACAUGCGACAAUUUGCUUAA